AUGCGUUCUUUUUCUGCGCCAACAGCAAUUCCAAGUUCUUGCUUACCUCAAUAUCAAGUUCAAAAUAAUUUCUCUCAGCAAAACCAGGCCUUUUUAAAUUCCAUGGCUCAACCUACAUUUAGCCUAAUGCCGGCAGUUUCUUACUCUUCUAUUCCUGUAUGCACAUCUCCAACGUCUACAAACCCUAUACCUGGAUCCAACAUCAUACAGUCUCAACAGCCUGUAAUAUUUUCUGCAGCUCCGGGAAACUUUUUCCUUGCCCAAUCUACACCUAUUGGUACUCCAGUUGUAGGUGCUCCAUCAUUUGUCUUUGCUCCUGGUCAGACUAAUCAAAAUGCUUUUGUGGUUGCUCAUCCAUUAUCCCAGGCACCAAUCGCGGGACAAAUGGCCACUCAUACAAAUCCAGCAAAUUGUGUUAUUCGUCUUCCUGAUGGACGGUUUGUCUUACCAGCUACUGCUCCUAAUAACUUGAAUUUUCAGUCAUCUUUAACUCGUAUUUGUGGCCCUCAACCUAAUUACUUCCCUGUUACAGUAUCUGCACCUACCAGUGUAAAUUCAUCUACAAUACCUUCGUUGACUCCUCAAAUCGCCCAACCACCAUCAGGCCAAGCAUUCUAUAUUCAAAUGCCAACCAGUUGUGUCAGUGUUGGUAAUACAGUUUUCACUACCUCUCAACUGAAUACUGGUACUAAUUUUCAAACUCAUCCAAUGUCAACAAUGAAACCAGGACCUCAAGUAUCCUUCGCUAACUCACAGAUGAAUGCUUUAUAUGGUCAAUCCGGUACUUUUAUAACCCCUGCGACUGCAUCGAAUCAAGUUCAGUUGGCUCCUAGACCACUUGGUACUAAUUUAAAUCCUGCUUGUUCUGGAAUAAUGAUGAAUAGACCUGGAUUACUUCUCCCCACAGGCUGCAGUCCUGGAACUCCAAUAUUAGAUGCAUACACUUUACAAAAUCAACAAAAACUAGGUAUUGGAACGAAUACAUCACAGUACACUAGUCUUCAAGCUUUGCCAAGUGGAAUGGCCGUUGCCCGAUUGCCGAAUGGAACGUAUGCUACAGUGUCGCUUAGUUCUACUGGAAUAUCAGGUUCAUCACCGAUUUUUGUAAAUAAUGCUUGUGUUCCAUCUACACUGGCUAAUCCAAAUGAUACCUCAACUGCACCAAAACGUAGUGCUCCUAAUUCACGUACCAGACCAAAGUUAACUGGUUCUCCACCUGCCGAUACAGAUGUACUACGUCGUUUAGAUGAUCAAAUAGCUUCAUUACAACGUUUAACUGCACCUACAGAAAUGCAAUUAAAUAGACUAAAGCAGCUUGUUGAAGUUAAACACCAAUUAACAAAAGUAUCUAAUAUAUCUGCCAAUCCUCCCAAUGCAUUGGCUCCUCGUAGCUUGCCAACAUCUAAUGCGGUUACGAAUACUCCUGCUUGUCGAAAUCUUAGUCCUGCAUGUGCGCAGAUCACUCCAAGUGUGCGUCGUGAAGUCUUAGAUUUACUUUCUCAGCACAAAUUACUACCACAACCUAUUGGAUCUAAUAACAAUGAAGAAACUUUCAUAGUAGAAUUUCGUCUAAAUCAACAAAGAUAUCAACUGCGACUAACUCGCUCUCAAAAAGUUGAUAUGGAACGUUUACUUUUUACUAAUACUCCACAACGUCAGGCUGAAGUGUUGACUGUUUUUCAACAGGAACAAAGUCGUCUGCUUGCUUCAACACCACGGGCAAGACUAUCAGCUCCUUCCAGUCAAAGUAGUAAUCCAGUUAUGACAACAUCUCCAGUUGUUGGGUUUAGUAUUGCUUCACAACCCUUACGAUUGCAAUCUGGAAUUCCAACGUUUGCAGCUGCUCCUAUGCACACUUUUCAUGGUACAUCUGGUCUACGGCUGGUUACAGCUCGGCCAGUUGUACCACCAAAUGCUAUAUCAGGACCUAUUGUUCGAUCAAAUAUUCCUCCUGUAUGUUCUUCAACUCCAGUUGUAGGUGUUGUUACUGCUUUAGCUGUACCUCCUAUUGGAACUUGUGUUAAUAAUCCUAUGUUUGCACCCGCUUUAGCUUUAAACUCUGCUGCAGUAAAUAUUCCUACAGUUUCACCUAGUCUUUCAAUGUCCUCAGCAAUGAUGUCCACUAUAAAUGCAACAAGUGGUUUACUAACAACAAUACCUACAACUUCAUUUGGUUCAACUGUGAAUAAUGCAGCGCAAAACUUUGUUUUAUCAAAUUCAACUGUAGUCAAUUCUACUGGUACUACAAUUCUAACUCCUAAUACUAGUGGAUUCUGUACACAGUCUGGUCCAUUCACAUUACCACCUGAAUCUAUUAAUGUUGUUAAUUCGAUACGACCCGUAGCACUGAAUAUUCAACACGCUGCUAGAAUAGGUCGACUUCGCGCUUAUUUAACAAAUGAUCUUAGAUUAGCAGUCGACAAACCGCCAACAUUACAAACUAAUGAUCCAACAAAAUUACCAAGUCCAUUAGAACUACUUGAAGCGUUGGCACCUUAUCACGUUCUUAAUGAUGCAGAUAAUACUAAAGAAGCCUUAGAUAAAGUUGACCUAAUAUUGGAAAAAUCUGUUAAUCUACUUUUACAGAAGAAAAAAGAAACAAUUGAAGCUGUGAACUCUUUAAUUUUCAAGGAAUCAUUGCAUAAACUAGAACCAUUUUUAGAAGACCGUUUACUGGUAGCUAACAUGGCUUUAGAUUUGGAACGUGAUGUAUUUACUACUGAAAAAGAAAUAUUUGCAGAAGCGUUAAAUUGUGACAAAAAAGAGAAUUGUGUUGGUAUUCAUAAUGAUGAUAAUGAUAAGAAACCAAUUAUUGUUGAGUCAGUAAAUGAGCAAUCUAUAUCCAACAAAUAUAUUGAUGAUAAAAGGCAUCUGAACAAGAAAAUUACUCCCAUUUUAAAGCAUUCAGUUUCUUUGCUUCCUUCACCAUGGUGUGAUCUCUUAGGUCCUCUAGCCUAUCUACGUCCUUUAAACUUUGAUACUAAUGGUAACACAACUGUAGCUGAAAUUAAACUCCCUUCAAACGACUCAGAGUUUACAGCACACAAUGAAAAUAAUACGCACGUUCAAAUACAAUCUUCUACUGAUUCUUCUUCCAAUAAUGUGAUAUUAAUUAAUUCAAUGUCUGAAUCAAAUACCGUUAACUUAGCAAAUAAUUUGCUAGUAGAAAAACACAAUGAUUAUGAUGAGGAUGUAAAUGAUGAAUCGUCGGAUGAAGCUGAAGCGGAUCGACUACUUGGUCUUGGUGGUGGUGGUUGUAGUAGUAAUAGUAGUGGUAUUCCAGCUUUAAUUAUUAAUCGGUCAAAAUUAUUGGAUAACAAUUCUACAAAUGGUGUACUCGAUAAUAAUAAUAAUCAAUCUACUGGAGGUAUUAGAAAUCAUUCGGAAUGCGAUGGGGGUGGUGGUGAUAGUGACGAUGGAGAAUUCGAUGAAGCUUAUGCAUUUUGGCAAGAAUUAAUGCAUGAUAGAAGUAUCAAUAUUGAGGAUAUGAAUGCCGGUCUAAUAGAGAAUAAUUUUGAUAAUGAAUCUAAUUUAUUGGAUGAACCACCUAAUAAAUCAUUACGUUUACUAGACAAUGGACAAACUCAUAGUUUACCAACAGUUCAACACUCUGAAGAUCCAGAUAUUGAUGCAGCAAUUAGAAGUAUUCUAUCAACUACUGACUAA